AUGUAUGGAGACAUUACAUAUCCUGAACAUGUUAUGAGAGGUUUACAAAUGGCUGUUGAUAUAUUAGAUGAAAUAUUAUUAACAAUGGAUAAAGAUUAUUUAAAUGGUAUUUCAAAAGAAUGUGUUUAUAAAGCAUUACAAUCGAAAUUACUUGCAGUUUUAUGUGAUUUUCAACGAGAAUUAUUAUCAAAUAGUACACCACUAUAUUCAAAAAAAAGAGUUUUAGUUUAA